UCUUGCUGGUUUGCGGCCGGUCUUGGAUGUGGCGGCAGCCGCGGUGAGGGCGUGGGGAAGGGUGGGGUGAGGGGGCGAGGCCGCGGCGCGGGCGGCGAAACUCUCCUCCCCUCAGCCCCACCGCGUGGGACGGCGUGAACUCGGUGUCGGAGGGAUGUCAGCCUUCUCUGAGGCGGCGCUGGAGAAGAAGCUGUCGGAGUUGAGCAACUCGCAGCAGAGCGUGCAAACCUUGUCCCUGUGGCUCAUCCACCACCGCAAGCACUCCCGGCCCAUCGUUACUGUGUGGGAGCGGGAGCUGCGUAAAGCCAAGCCAAACAGGAAACUUACUUUUCUCUACCUAGCCAAUGAUGUCAUUCAGAACAGCAAGAGGAAGGGGCCGGAGUUUACAAAAGAUUUUGCACCAGUUAUAGUGGAGGCUUUUAAACAUGUUUCAAGUGAAACUGAUGAAAGUUGUAAGAAGCACCUUGGAAGGGUAUUAUCUAUUUGGGAAGAAAGGUCUGUUUAUGAGAAUGAUGUAUUAGAACAACUUAAGCAAGCUCUGUAUGGCGAUAAGAAGCCUAGGAAGCGAACUUAUGAACAGAUAAAGGUGGAUGAAAAUGAAAACUGUUCCUCUCUGGGAUCUCCAAGUGAACCACCACAGACUCUAGAUCUUGUUAGAGCAUUACAAGAUCUAGAGAAUGCAGCUUCAGGUGAUGCAGCGGUUCAUCAGAGGAUAGCGUCUUUGCCUGUUGAAGUCCAAGAAGUAUCCCUACUAGAUAAAAUAACAGAUAAAGAAUCUGGAGAAAGGCUUUCUAAAAUGGUAGAGGAUGCUUGUAUGUUGCUGGCAGAUUACAAUGGCAGAUUGGCGGCUGAAAUAGAUGAUAGGAAGCAACUCACUCGAAUGUUAGCAGAUUUUCUCCGUUGUCAAAAGGAAGCCCUUGCAGAGAAAGAGCAUAAAUUGGAAGAAUACAAGCGCAAGUUAGCCAGAGUUUCCUUGGUGCGCAAAGAACUCAGGUCCCGGAUCCAGAGCCUGCCAGACUUAUCUCGAUUACCCAACGUCACUGGAAGCCACAUGCACCUGCCCUUUGCAGGGGACAUCUACAGUGAAGACUGAUGACCGGUGUCUUUCCAGGGCCCAGGACUUUGCAAGAGAUGGAGACAGUGCAGAAAUCUGUCUGGAGUGGCAGUUUGAACAGAUUCCCUGGAGUUCCCUCUGCUCCUUCCAUCACUACAGUAAGUAAAAGAACCACACGGGGGAACCCGGGAGUCUGAGAAAAAUCAGCUGUGCUCAGUAGCCAACCUCCUCCUCUAGGAAAACCAGUCCAGAUGCAGCUAUUUUGGUACCUCUUCUCACAUGCACUCUGAAUCAGGGUUUUUCUGUAAGAAUUCCUUCAGAAUCAGCAAAAGCUGGGGUGACCUGGUUAUCUUGAUUUGCAAAAUUUAAAUAACAAAACUAGGUUGUCAGUGGUCACUGUAGAUGAGCAGCUCAUCUAUUACAGUUAUUGAACUGGUUCUGAGAAAUCUUUAGAAAAAAAAAACUUAAAAGUACACAUUAAUUGGGAAAGUUAGAAUGCCCUUUCUGAAUUUUACAUUCUACAAAUUUGUAUUAUAUGACGUAACAUAAAGCUACAAAACUGCUUUGUAUUCUAUUAAGAAAUAGCUCCUAAAGAUGUAGUCUUGUUUCAUAGUUGUUGCACUAUAUCAAAGCUUUUUAAAGUGUAAACCCAGUUCUUCUCUGUAUAGAAAGGGAGCAUUGUGUUAACGUACUGAAUUUAUUUAUACAGAGCAUUUGUUGCCAUCUGUAACUCCAGCCAUCCGCACAUGAGUCUGUUCUGAGGUGGCAGUAGCACAUGGGAACAUGAAGUUUCCCUGUUUACCCCUUUCUCUUUGGCUGUAUCUGAUGACAAUAUAAGAUGUUCUUAAUAAAGUUUUAUGUUGUUUUUGAAA